AGGGGCGUGGUCCCGUAUGCAGAUCAAGAGGGCGGGGCUUGCCGAGGGCUUGAGGAAGCGGAUCUGCGGAGGUGGUAGAACGUUCGGGCAGCGUUGGACAGAGGCAGCAGGCAAACAAGGCAAUGCAUUUGAUGUGGGUUGUGGGCGCUGCCCUUUUAGGGUUGGUAAACUGUGUGCCCAUCAAGGAAAAACCCAAGGAGAAACAAGAAGCAGAGGCUACCCCAGAGCAGCCGGACACAGGCCUGUAUUAUCAUCGCUACCUGCAAGAAGUGAUCAACGUCUUGGAAACGGAUGGACACUUCCGGGAAAAGCUCCAAGCGGCCAAUGCAGAGGACAUCAAGAGCGGAAAGCUCAGCAAAGAGCUGGACUUUGUCAGCCACCACAUCCGCACCAAACUUGACGAGCUGAAGCGGCAGGAGGUGUCCCGGCUCCGGAUGCUGCUGAAGGCCAAAAUGGAUGCCACCAUGGAGCAGGAUGUGCAGAUCGAUCACCUGUCUUUGCUGAAGCAGUUUGAACACCUGGAUCCUCAAAACCAGCACACCUUUGAAGCCCGAGACCUAGAGCUGCUCAUUCAAGCGGCUACCAAGGACCUGGAGAACUACGAUGCUGCUCACCAUGAGGAGUUCAAGCGCUACGAGAUGAUGAAGGAGCAUGAGCGUCGGGAGUACCUGAAAUCUCUGGAUGAGGAAAAGCGUCGUGAGGAGGAAGCUCAUUUUGAGGAGCUCAAGAAGAAGCACAAGGAGCAUCCCAAGGUCAACGUCCCGGGCAGCCGUGACCAGCUCAAGGAGGUCUGGCAGGAGACGGAUGGCUUGGACCCCAGUGAGUUCAACCCCAAGACAUUCUUCAAGUUGCACGACACCAACAGUGAUGGAGUUCUAGAUGAGCAAGAGUUAGAGGCCCUCUUCACGAAGGAGCUGGAAAAAGUCUACGACCCUCGGAAUGAGGAAGACGACAUGCUAGAAAUGGAAGAGGAGCGGUUGCGUAUGCGGGAACACGUCAUGACCAAUGUGGACCUUAACAGGGACCGACUAGUGACCUUGGAUGAGUUUCUUCAAUCCACCCAGAAGAAGGAGUUUAAUGAAGUGGAUGGAUGGAAGACAGUGGAAGAAACACAGGUCUACUCGGAGGCAGAGCUCCAGCGCUUCGAGGCAGAGCUGAUGGCCCAGGAGGCAAAGCUAAGCCAGCAAGCCGAGCAGCUCCGCCAGCAGCACCAAGAGCUGCAGCAGCGGCAGGUGGAGCUUGAUGCUCAGAAGAGGGAGUAUCAACAGGUUGUGCUCCAGAUGGAACAAAGGAAGCCCCAGGCGCAGCCUGAGCAGGUUCCCCCAGCUGGACCAGGGGGAGAGCUGAAAUUUCAAGCCCAGCCACCUCAUGCAGCCCCAGCAGAUCAAGCCCUUCCCGCUGAGUCACGGCCAGAGUCCAUUGUGGAAAAAGCUCCCGAGCAGAACCAGAUGGAACCCCCUCAGAAUCAACAACACCCAGGAGUCGUCAUCCAGUAGAAUUCUCUCUGUGUGUGCGUGCGUGCGAGGCUUGUAUUUUCUUCUCUUAUCCUGCACUCAGAGUGUCUGAAACCAAACUUUCCCCCCAAGACAGUGGCUGUGGGGGCCGGCAGGAAAGCUCUUUCACUACUGAGAACUGCAAGGAGUCUUAAUGAUACCCUGUCCUUAGGCCAGUCCCUGCCUGUUCCUUCAUUAAUUGCUCCACAGCAACCAAGAGAAGUGUACAUUUUCAUAGCCAAACCCUGCACUCUUUUGGACUUCUGUGUUUCUGUCCAGCCAGUACAUGCCUGCAGGAGAGCCCAUGAUGGGAACUUUUAAGGGCACUGGAGGGUGCCUGCCAUGUGGAAAGCUAAGUGGGGUGGGCUUUCAAGGAGAGAAGAUACGGGGAGCUGACACCACAGCCUCCCUGGGUUUUCUCUGGUUCUUCUAUGCUAGGCUUCCUGAAGAUCUUGGGGUGACUGAACGGGCUGGGUGGGGAAGGAUGUCUGAGAGCAGCCCUGUACAUCCAGUGCUCUUGCUCAGACGUGUUUUCUUCAUGAUGGGGUUGCAGUAUUAUGCUUUUUAAGCACACAGAUAUUGAUGAAGCUGGAUGUUAUUUUGAAAUAAUCGGGAUCCUUGUAUUUAAUAAAGUUGUUGAACCCUU